AUAGAACUCUCGGCCUACUCUGAUCUCUGACAUUGAAGACUGUGUGUACACCUUCAUGUGGAAAACAGCUGCUGCCUGCCCUCUAAAUAGUGUCCAGCAUGACAACUGCAGAGUCACCAACCCUGCUACAGGUCAUUUAUUUGACCUGAACCCCUUGAAGAAGAAUGAGGGUUACACUGUGCACCAUCAUAAGGACCAGAAGAUGGUGUUCCGCAUGAACAUCUGUGGAUCUGUGGCCAACACUGGUUGCAGCCCUGACACUGCUGUGUGCAUUAAGGAAGGCAGUGAUGUGGUCAGUGGUGGUAAGGUGAGCAAUAAGCUCUCAUACAAGGACCAUGUUCUGGAGCUCACCUAUGAAGAAGGAAGUCCAUGCCCUGCAAACCGUAGCCUCACCCACAGCACCGUCAUCAGCUUCAUCUGCAGGCCAGCUAGCAUGAGCUCAGCCCCCUCAGAGCCAGUGCUGAUUGGCUCAAACACUGAAAUGUGCACGCACUUCUUCGCUUUCCACACACCGUUGGUUUGUGAGCAGCCUGUAAGUAUGUUUGUGUGAGAGAAGACUCACCAGUCCAUCACAGGUGGAAAAGGAAUGUACUUUUGUAAUAAGAUUUAAAAAUAAAUAAAGUUAGUGUUUUCCCCUUGUAGUAAAUUAAGUAGAAAAGUGCUGUAUAAAAACUACUCCAGCUCCCAUGAGUACUCAAAGCGCUUGUCUCAUUCACCCAUUCAUACAAGCACCUUAAGUGCUUUCUAGCUAACAAUUAGCACACCAAUGGAUGCAACAGAGUGAACCUUGGUGUCACUACAUGCACACAUGCAGACCCCAACCUUCAGAUUAGUAGACGACCUGCUAUACGGCCUGAGCUACAGCCUCACAGCUGAUGAAAAAUCAUAAAUGAUUAUAGCGUGUUUGUGUUUGCUGUGAUAUAACCAGCUGCUUACUGUUCACUGCACAGAUGAGGGAGAAAAUUGUUUAGACAGAAAGACUGCAUACAGUCAAUACAGCCUGUUGUUGCAGUGCUUCCUUUAUCUUGAAAAGCUGUUUUGACAUACUGCAGUUCAGUUGGAAAACAGGGUGUGCUCUUUCCUAAUAUGGCACAUAAUUUCUCAGAGAGAAGCAAACUUAAGUUAACAGAGGCAGACAGGUCACCUGAAGUCAGCUUCUUGGGGUCAUCAAAGGAGCGGGGAAUGUCCAAUGAUAAGCAGAUGUCCCUGAAGCUUUUGUGUAGUCUCUAAAAGUUUGGUAACAUUAGAAAAUAAACAUGGUUGAACUCCUGGACUCUAAAGUUGUAAUUGUUUGAUGGCUCAUGACUUACAGUAUAGUUUUGUGCUCUAAAAAGGGAUUUUUCUUUUCUGCUUUUCCUUU